GCCGUUGGGGCCGCAGCAGGCUCGUCACAUCGUCUGGAGGAAUACUACACAGCUGUUGUCAAGGGAACAAGCCUCAUGAAAUUUGGAAGAUACGGGGCCCCCAAGCUGCACUUCUUCAGACUGGCAGCAGAUCGCCAUUACUUAGAAUGGGAAUCAAGGGGGUCCAGGAAGCGAGUGAAUCUGUUGGUUGUCCAUCGUGUGCUGCGUGGUCAAUUUACCCCUGUCUUCAUCAAAAACACCAGAAACGGACAAGUCAAAGUCUCACCGGAGCUCUCCUUUUCCCUCCUCUAUCGUCAGAGGGGAGAAGAUCGAAGCUUGGACCUUGUUUGCAAAGAUGCAGACGAGUUUGGCCUGUGGUUUAAUGGCAUAAAGCUCAUCAUUGAGGACCUCAAGAGUAAAAAGGCAUUGCCUCCAGGUGUACCUCCAGAUGAUGCACCAGGCUCUAGCGUUGUGCCAGGCCCUGCUGUUUUUCCACCAAAAGAUGCUCCACCUGGUGAUUGCUACAUGUGGGGGGGGCCUCCAGCAGGAGAGGAGCAAGAGGCAAGGGCUGUACUUGGUGACAAUACACCCCUCAAUUUUGUAGUUCCACGACUGGUCCCCUCUGCUGAGAGACUGGAUAUUGAGAAGGCUUCAUGUGGCCCACAUCACUUUGCCUGCAUCACAAGAAACGGGCAUUUAUACACAUGGGGAAACGGCUCAUGUGGCCGACUGGGACUUGGAAGUGUCCAGCAUGCAAACACACCUUCAACGGUGUAUGGUCUCUUUGACAUGGCAAGUGUGGGAUACAUGUCUUGUGGCGAAACCAGCACGGCUGCCAUUCUCAAGGAUGGGGCUUUAUUCACCUGGGGAGGGGGUCUGUCUGGACAGCUGGGCCAUGACAACAUAGCCACACAGUAUUUGCCAAGAAAAGUGGAGAGAGGUCUAUAUGGUGUACACAUUGUUCAGGUUUCCUGUGGCCCUUACCACACUGCAGCUGUGUCCAACUUGGGCAUCUUGUACACAUGGGGUGAUGGACUCUGUGGCAAACUUGGCCAUGGUGACCAAAUAUCCAAGUACACUCCACAGCCUGUGGAGGCCUUGUAUGUGGGAGAGGUCAAAUGGGUGUGCUGUGGCUGGUGGCACACAGCUGCGGUUGUGAUGGCAAACGAGCACAAAGGUGGUGCUCUGUACACUUGGGGAGGUGAUUUCACUUGGGAAAAAGACCAUAAUAGGGGCUGUUUGGGAAAUGGAAGCACAGAUGGGUCAUCAGUACCAGUAAGGGUUGAAGGGGAUAUGGAAGAACUGGAUGUCAAGCAUGUGGCUUGUGGUCUCAACCUGACAGUGGCUCAAACAUCCGAUGGUCGUGUGUUUCAGAUGGGUGAAACUGGCGCCGGUGACACGUUUGUGAAAUGGGAAGGUUCCAAACUCCCAGAACAGGUCAAAGGAGGUCUGACAGGUCACAAAGCAGAGGAGAUUGCAUGUGGACGCAAGCAUGUUUGUGUCGUUGCUACCCCUUUGACGGCAAGUGGCAGGGCAGAUGAAGCAAGACGAAGGACAGUACUGUUUGCAUGGGGAAAGGGUGACAAGGGUCAGCUGGGCCUUGGAUAUGCAAAAGACCACACAUCACCACAGGUGGUGGAGGCACUCACAGCCAGGAGGAUCCAGCAGGUUUGCUGUGGGGGUGAUUUCACUCUUGCUGUGUGCCGCUAUGAUGCCCGCAUGGCUGCUGCAGCCUCUAACAUGGUAUCAGACCCUAUGCCGACAACACCACAUGGAUUGUCUGCACGCAAGCCUGGUAGUCAGCAGCAGCCAUUUGGAUUCAAGCCUGCGUUUGCUGCAUCAAGAAACAGAACAGGAUCUGCAGAGAGCAAUUCAGUGGAUGCAAAACUCAAGAGGCCACCCGAUUCUGGCAGGACACAGGGAAAGCAAGUUGUCAGAGCAACAAGCUCAAGAUCAAGCAAGAGCUCAGCCUAUAAUUCCGCUCCGUUCUAUGAAUUUUGCCCCACACAACCAUCAGGACCAUCGUCUUCCCCUCCACCAGACCCGCACAGUGGGUAUCCUGCAUUGGAUUAUGGCAGUGCUGGAACAGAUGCAAGUGCAGGCGGUGGCAACCUGCGCCAAGCAGCAACAGAUGAAAUGCUAACACCAAGGCACCACUCCACACUGAGUGCCGACUGUGCAAUCCCUGAUUAUGGAGAGACCACACCAAACCACUUCUUUGAUUCAACACCUGCUGGAGGAGACUGGAACAUGUUACAAAACUAUGGACAGAAUGCCAGUGGUGUGCACAAUGACUUGCUGGACAGUGGUGUCAAUGGUGCAAGCACCGUUGAUUCUGAUGAAAGCCCCAGAGAGCAGGGCAGAAGGGGAGAUCGUGGAAGCAUGAGCGAUAAUUCAAGUGCAGACACUGUGGGAAGCAACGAUGGCAGACUACCAAGGGACCCCAAUUCAGACAAUGAUCUGGAACCUGCUGAAUGCAG